AUGGAUGAAAAGGUUCUGGUCACAGGGGCCUCUGGCUACAUUGCCAUGCACAUAAUCAACAUUUUACAGUCCGAGAGAUACCACGUUAUAGCGACCGUGGGGACGCCAGAGGAUGCAAACAAAAUCGCGUACUCGUUUGAGCACUACUAUCCGUACGCGGUGUUGGACGUUGUGGUGGUGGAAGACGUAGCGGCAGAAGACGCAUUUGAAGAGGUGUUUGAGCAGCAUCCUGAUAUCCAGCACGUCAUUCACACGGCGCCCCCUGCGUUGCUGGGCCAAGGAAAAACGAACGAGGAAGCGUAUCUGGUUCCGACUCGUGAGGGCACGAAGAACGUGCUGGAGUCGAUCAGGAAACGCGGCCACAACGUCAAGCGCGUGGUCGUGACGUCCUCCUUCUCCGCUUUGAUGGACCUGGACAACGCCGCGAACCCACAGUGCGUGAUCACGGAGAAGUCGUGGAACCCGGUCACCUGGGAGGUCGCCAAGGACAAGGAAAGCAAGGCGUAUGCGGCGUCGAAGAAGAUCGCGGAGCAGCUGGUGUGGAAGUUUUAUGAGGAUAACAAGGACUGCGUGCCAUACACGUUGACCACAGUCAAUCCGCCCUACGUCUUUGGGCCGCACGUCUUUGAGUGGGAGCUGGGCCGUGCGGAGUGGAACACGACCGCUCUGUUCAUUAAGAAAGCGCUGGAAAUGUCGGCGGACGAGCAGGGCCCGUUUGCCAAGCCGCGCGGCAUCUGCUGCGACGUGCGCGACGCCGCAUUGCUGCACAUUCUGCCUCUGCGGAACGCCGCGCUGGCCGGACACAGGCUCUUCCCGGUCAACGGCACGGGCAUCAAGCAGAAUAGCUACGAGGACGGCAAGUUCAACAUGCAGCGGAUCGUGGACGUGCUGAACGCGCGGUUCCCGGAGCUGCAGGGCAAGAUCCCACAGGGCCUGCCUACAGAAAAUCAGCAGUACAUGGGCCAGCUGACGCGCUACAACAACGACAAUACAUGCGAGCUUACGGGGAUGGAGUUCAAGUCCUUCGAGACCACAGUGGUGGACGCCACGCGGCAAAUCAUGCGGUUCCAGGAGCGGCACACGUGA